AACUUCCCAUUUUUUUCAAGAGUUUCUCAGCUCCAUACGUCAGAAGUGCCAGUUACCUCACAUGCCUGACAGGCACCAAGUGUGGAAGUUAGAUCACCCACGUGACAGAAACUCAAGUCCUUGUAAGGAGCUCGGUCACAGAUGUAAAUAAAAGGACUUUGGCUUUUGUAGGGUGAGAUCCAUAAUCAUUAACUCAUUUGACUUAGAAAAACAGUUUGGUUUCAGAUAAUUCAGUAGAAGGUAAAGUCUUUUACUGUGAAUGGAAAUAAAAUAAAUGAAGCUCGUCUCCACCAGGAGUACUGAGACUCAUCAGGUAAAGGCUUUUCUAGUAAACAUGUCCCAGGUGAAAUCUUGUGGAUCCAGACACAAGUUUUGAUCUUGACGACUCCUCGGCUUCAUCCUCAGUCCUUCGGAGUUUUAAGGAUUCUCCAGAACCAAAACAUCAGCCUCACACCCGAACUGCUACUGACCAUAAGUGCAGCUGAAACCAGAAGGAAAUGAGUUGCGUCCGUGCCUGCUUCAGAGACAGAGGUCCUCACGCAGAGACAGAAGCUAUGAAAAGGCAAAACUCUAGUCAGGAGCACGAAACUAUUGAAUUACAAGAAGAUAAUGUGGAGGAAAGUGAGGCAGAUCAUGGCAAGCCUCUAAAUGCUCAAAUAAGAAAGGAGACAGAUCACUGGAAAUCAUGCGGUAAUAUAGUUUUCUGGAAGUGUAAGCUAUGGAUGGUUAUAACUACAAUUUUUCUAGUAUUCUUCCUGGUCAUUCUCAUCAGCCUAAUUCUUUAUUCUAAUGUUUACACAGAUGAGGAUGACUACUGGGAUCCUGAUGCACUAUUAAAUAGUGGAAAUUAUCGCAAUUUUUCGGGAACUUUUAAGUUAAUGUGUGGUCUCCCACAUCAUUUCUCUGAAAACAUCACUAAGAGGUUAAUAGAUAUCUACAGUUCAUCUCCAGCUCUGGGACGCUACUUUAGGUCACCUCCGGUAGUUUAUUUCAGUAAUGAAAGCUCUACUGUAUUUUAUCAGCUAGAGUUUUCUGUACCACCAUCAACGGAGGAGUUUAUGGAAAACACAAUGAACCCAGAUUUUAUAAGGAAUGUUUUACUUCAAAGUAUUUAUGAUGAAGAUGAUACUUUUAAUCCUGGGACAUCUGAAUGUAACAAAUUAAAGAUUGACCUGACUUCUCUCACAUUAGCAUAGAAAUGAUGAAAAGACUCCUCAUCUUCAUCUCCACCUAGAAGAGAUGGGUUUCUCCUAUUAGUAAUCCCAGCAUAGGGGACCAUUCAUUAGGUAGAAACAGUUCUAAAGACGUCCUCUAAAUACUGUCUGUCAUUAUUGUAAAUGGAAAAUGUGGUAUAUUUAUAACAGUAUUAUACUCCUAUAACACCUCUACCUCCUUCUUCAUUUUUGUCCUAAUAUCUCAAUAACCCAUUUCACUUCUGUGAAAAUCAUGUGUCUUGUCUGAUGCACGCUCUGUUGACUUUGAAACCUCUGCUUUGUCUUGCCUUAUGACUAAAUUUGGACUCCUUGCAUGAACUUUAAAAGCACGUGGCUCCUUUAUUUUCUCGGCUUAUCCAAAAUUAUCUGCACAGCUUCGUUCUUAAUGCUCGCUUCCACCCAUGCUUAUGUGUGUUACUUCUUCCUCUGCUAACUUCAUAUGCCAUGAUUCCCCAUUGUUCUUUCCUCAUAAAACAGCCUGAAAACUUAUAUAUCCUCUCUAUUUUCUUGAAUUAUGUGUAAGACCUUUACACUAGCUUCUUAAGUGAACUUCAGUUCUCAUGAUUCCAUUGUUCAUCCUGCAGUCUUCUGAGAUACGUGGAUAAUGUAAAGAGAAACAAAGGUAAAAAUAUUGGGAAGAAACAUGUUGUGUUCACUAAAUGCAUCUGAAUGCCACAGGAUUUUUUCAAGGGUCAGAUUAGUUGUGUGCUUUAAUAACUAGCUACUGUUACUAGUGAAUAGACAACCAUUUGACUGAUAUUUGUAAUUCAAAGAGAAACCAGUCUAUACCCUUAAUUGUAGUCCCUGUCCAAGCAGUGGGGACAAAAAUGAACGGAUGCGAGAUAUUUGCCUUAAUAAGGCAGAAAGUAGUUGUUCUUGUUGACAAGAGAUCAGAUGAGAUGGACCAAUACCAAGAGAAAGGUGCUUAAACAGACCAAGUAGGCCAACAUGGCAUAUAAGUUAUAACUAGUAACUGGCUAUAACAUGAAAAUUAAAAACUAAGCAUUAACUCUAUGUGGAACAGAAUAGAUUCACUACCACGUUAGUGAAGUAUAACUUCUUGUCAUUUGUUUAUAUCCAGUGUAAACGUUAAUAUUGUUGGAUAGACAAGUUUAUUUUAAGAAACCUUUUGUAAUGUGAAAAAUAUCUUAUUAGAAACUGUGUUUCUCUUUUUCUAAUAUUACUGGUUUAUUUAAAGAGUAAUCUGACAAUUUUACUAUGCAUUAAAUUAUUUUUUUUUAGUCUUA